AUGCCUCGGCCGUCAAUAAAUCUUGAGCCAUACAAGGAUGAAAUUUCUACCCUGUAUAAAUCAGGCAAAUCUCCUCCUACUAUUGCUAUGCUACUAGGGAAUCAAUAUGAUAUUCAGCCUCAAAAGACACAGUUCUUCAUGCUUGAAUCAAAGUUCUUCUAUAUCAAGUUGGCCUCUCAGAGAACAAGAUCCUACAUGUUCUUCAGCUUGAAGGCUGGAAUAUUCAGCCUAGAACAUUGA